AUCCUCGAGAGAAAGCUAGAAUGACCUCCUCGUGGUACCGCAAAACCUUCUCUCCGUCUUUUCACUGGACGUCUGAACCGAAGCCGCCAUUGACGACCUUCCAUUCUCCGGAUCGGCCGAUUAAGGACGUAACCUUAAUUCCGAUACCAGAAAAUGCUGUUUGCCUAGAAAGAAAAUAAAAGAAAGAAAAUUUGGCUGAUUAGAAGAUGAGGUCUUCUACGGAGAUGAUUAACAUUGCUGCGAGUGCUCAGAAACUCGAUGUCGAUAAUCGGAUUGCUCUCCGUUAUUACUAUCGGAUCGCUGAUAAUAUUCUAAGACAGGCCAACAUCUUUCGAGCAGAGAAUAAUAUCAUAGACCUAUAUGUAAUGCUUCUAAGGUUUUCAAGUUUGGUCUCUGAGACAAUACCAUGCCAUCGAGAUUAUAGAGUUUCACUUCAAAGCCAAAAAAAUUAUUUGAGAAAGAAUUUAUUGAAUGCCUUAAAGGAGCUGGAGGAUUUGAAGCCAGCAGUUCAACAGAAGGUCAAUGAGUUGAACAGAAAGUAUGCAAAUCAGACCAAUGGGUGGAGCCAUUUUAACCAAAGGGAUUCAUUGGAUUGGUCUCCUGUCAAAAAGCAAAAUUUAAUUACUUAUGAUAUGACAAAGGCAGCAAGACCAGCUGCACGAGAAUUGGUAUACAGGAAUUCGAGCACUCAGCUAUUGCCAAAAUCCAGAACUGUGGAAGAGCGAUUUCGAAAAUUAUCUUUUAGUGUCCCUCGUCCAAAGGAUGAAACUCUUUCAAAACAUUCCAUUUUGGGUCCAAAUGGGCUUUACGGGCAGUGGCAGCCACCUAGAAGUGACAAAGGGGUCCAAUAUCCAAGCAUUACAGACCUUAGCCCGCUUGAAAUCCUAAGUAUACAGCAGCCUAGUGAGGAUGAACCUACUCUUAAAAAAGACUCAAGCCAUUCAGAACUUGAAACACUAAGUCUGGAAUCGACUCAGAGAAAUGAUGAUAGUCAGUCACAUAAAAUUGAGGAACCAUGUUCCCUUAUUUCCUUUGAAGAAACAGAGCCUCCUGCUCAUACAGAAGUUAUCCGACAGCCUUCUCCUCCUCCUGUACUUGCUGAAGUACAAGAUUUGAUUCCUGCAGUUUCACCCCAAGUUUCCAUUGCAGAAAGCGGAGUGGAGAUGCUUUCCACGGAUGAAGUUGUCCGUGCUGAAACUCCCUUGCAAUUACACAUUUCAACAACAAUGAUGGAGAGUUUUAUGAAGCUGGCUAAGUCAAAUACUGACAAGAACUUAGAGACUUGUGGAGUUCUAGCUGGUUCACUUAAAAACAGGAAAUUUUAUGUUACAGCUCUAAUCAUUCCAAAGCAGGAAUCAACAUCUGACUCUUGUCAGACCACAAAUGAAGAGGAAAUAUUUGAAGUUCAAGAUAAGCAGUCUCUCUUCCCCCUUGGGUGGAUCCAUACUCAUCCUACCCAGUCUUGCUUUAUGUCAUCAAUUGAUGUUCAUACCCAUUACUCGUAUCAGAUUAUGUUGCCAGAAGCUGUUGCAAUUGUUAUGGCGCCAAGAGAUGGUAGCAGAACUCAUGGCAUUUUUCGGUUGACAACUCCUGGUGGCAUGUCUGUCAUUAGACAAUGUCAGCAACGUGGAUUUCAUCCACACAAUCAGCCUCCAGAUGGUGGUCCUCUUUACAAGACCUGUACAGAUGUCUAUAUAAAUCCCAAUCUAAAUUUCGACGUCAUUGAUCUUCGUUGAUCACAUUUAGGACACUAAGGUGGUUACUGUUCUACUGAUGCAAUUGUUCAUAUGAUGUACGUGUGCAAUUAUUGGAUUUAUUAUUAGGGUCGGCUUAACAGCAUCCAAAUUCUAUCAUCUUGUAAAGUAAAUAUGAUUUGCCAACUCACUGUAAAUCUAUUCCAUGUGUACGUACACGUCUGUUGGCCAUUUUAUGAACUCCAAUGGCCUGCAUUGCAAAGGGGAGUUCAGAUUUUUUUUUUUGGUCAUUUAUCAAGUACACAGAAGAUACUUGUACUGGAAGAAAAACAGACCAUUAUAUUCUCUGUGGAAGGAUUUUCUUUA